AUUCCUAUAGAGCGCUGCUAACGGAUAAGCAGCUGGGAGACGAUAAUCGGGAAAAACGUCAGGCCCAUGUAAUCACGAAGCGGAAUUUAAAUUACAUUUUGAGACCAAAUUGAGGACUCUCUUUCGUUUGAAUUCAGUGUUAUUUGAUUAAGAACUCACGAGAACGAUAUAAUCGUUUGGCGCAUGCGUGUAGCGAUACAAUAUUUUUGUAAAUAUCUCCUUACGGAAAUGGUAGUUGUGUUUUGUUAUGCAAAUUUCACGAACUAUGGAUUUAUAUUUGGAAUUAAAUCUAGAAUUGUGUUUGUGAUUUGAUAUUUCUACCCGAAAAUGGAGAAACUGAAAAGAGUGCGUCUCACUAAAAUAGUCUAUCUGACACCGAUUUUCUUGUAUUUUGUGAACUGCACGGAAUAUCCCAUUGGUGCAAUAUUUGAAAGAAACUCAGACGAUUUAAAAUUCGCUUUUGAGAAGCAAAUAGACUUUUUAAGGAAUCAACCAGAUGCCAUAAAUAUUCGACCAGAAAUACAAAUUUUAGACUCCACAGACAGUUUUGCCGUUAGUAACGCAAUAUGUUCACUUCUCAAGAAAGGUGUUUAUGGAAUUAUUGGUGUAUCCGACGCCUCUGCCUUAUCUACUAUUCAGUCUUAUAGCAACACUUUCAAGGUGCCUUUCAUAGCUCUCAGCAGAAUCCAGAAUUCUUCAAACCACGGAGAAUUUCAGCUCUUCAUGAGACCGGUCUAUGUGAAUGGUCUUUUAGAUGUUAUUAUCAAAUAUGGCUGGGAGAGAAUACUUUAUAUCUAUGAUACUGAUGAAGGUUUGAUAAGACUCCAACAGUUAUUCCAAGCGGUGAAUACAAGGGAGCACACGAUCGACAUUGACGUAAAACGGGUUUCAGAUACAUAUGGAUGCUACUCUAUGUUGAAAGAUCUACAUCGCAAAGACGAAAAAACAAAUAUCAGAGUAUUCUUAGAUAUUCCGACAGAAAGUGCGGAGACAGUCAUUGUGAUGCUGAAAAACGACACAAAGGUCAUGAACCAUAAAUUCCACUUUUUACUCGGAGAACUGAGAAUAGAGGAGAUGGAUCUAACUCCGUUCGGUAACGGUGGCAUCAACAUAACUGGAUUUCAAUUGCUAAAUUACAACAGAACGUCAAAUAAGAACCCGCACAAAGAAUGGACGAAGUGGGAGUGGCCUGAUGAAAGAAGUUCCGAUCAAAUUCCUUUGGAGCCGGCCCUUGUUAUCGAUGCCGUGGACCUGUUUCAGAGAGCCCUUAAACAGAUCUAUAAAAAUAGAUUUUCUGGCUACAAUGGUGUGAGGUCAUUUAACAUGAAAAAUGUGAAAUGUACGGACAAUAGUUACGUUAGCCCAAAUAACGGAACAAAUAUGAUGGAAAAACUUAAAGGCAACGAGGUUGAAUUUAACGGGCUUACAGGAAAAGUUAGUUUUGAUGCCAAUGGAUUUCGCAAGAAGUUUAAACUGCACCUGCUCGAUAUAACAAUGAAUAUGGGUCUUGCUGAGGUGGGUUAUUGGACGAGAGAAACAGGACUGACAUCACAAGAACCGACUAGGCGAAAGCAAGUUGUGGCGGAGAAAAACAGAACCCGGAUUGUCACCACUAUUCUUGUAACAAAAUUUUAUACUUCUCUGGAAGGUGUUCUGAUUGAUUCAUUGCCACAGUCCCUGAAAGGUGUUCAGACUGAUUCAAUGCCACUGUCCCUGAAAGGUGUUCAGACUGAUUCAUUGCCACUGUCCCUGAAAGGUGUUCAGAUUGAUUCAUUACCUUAUCCCUGCAAUCAGAUUAAUUCAUUGCCACUGACCCUGAAAGGUGUUCAGAUUGAUUUAUUGCCACAGUCCCUGAAAUGUGUUCAGAUUGAUUUGUUGCCACUGUCCCUGAAAGGUGUCCAGACUGAUUCAUUGCCAUUGUCCCUGAAAGGUGUCCAGACCGAUUCAUUGCCACUGUCCCUGAAAGGUGUCCAGACUGAUUCAUUGCCACUGUCCCUGAAAGGUGUCCAGACUGAUUCAUUGUCACUGUCCCUGAAAAGUGUUCAGAUUGAUUUAUUGCCACUGUCCUUAAAAAGUGUUCAGACUGAUUCAUUGCCACUGUCCCUGAAAGGUGUUCAGAUUGAUUUAUUGCCACAGUCCCUAUUGAUUCAUUCUAAGUCUCUGAAAUGUGUUCAGACUGAUUCAUUGCCACUGUCCCUAAAAGAUGUUCAGAUUAAUUUAUUGCCACAGUCCCUGAAAGGUGUUCAGACUUAUUCAUUGCCAUUGUCCCUAAAAAGUGCUCAGGUUGAUUUAAUGCCACUGUCCCUGAAAGGUGUUCAGAUUGAUUCAUUGCCACUAUCCCUGAAAGGUGCUCAGAUUGAUUCAUUGCCACUGUCCCUGAAAGGUGCUCAGAUUGAUUCAUUGCCACUGCCUCUGAAAGGUGUUCAUAUUGAUUCCUUGCCACUGUCCCUGAAAGGUGUUCCGACUGAUUCAUUGCCACUGUCCCUGAAAGGUGUUCAGAUUGAAUUAUUGUCACUGUCCUUGAAAAGUGUUCAGACUGAUUCAUUGCCACUGUCCCUGAUAGGUGUUCAGAUUGAUUUAUUGCCACAGUCCCUGCAAGAUGUUCAGAUUAAUUCAUUGCCACAGUCCCUGAAAGGUGUUCAGAUUGAUUUGUUGCCAUUGUCCCUGAAAGGUGUUCAGAUUGAUUUAUUGCCACAGUCCCUGCAAGAUGUUCAGAUUAAUUCAUUGCCACUGUCCCUGAAAGGUGUUCAGAUUGAUUUAUUGCCACAGUCCCUGCAAGAUGUUCAGAUUAAUUCAUUGCCACAGUCCCUGAAAGGUGCUCAGAUUGAUUCAUUGCCACUGCCUCUGAAAGGUGUUCAUAUUGAUUCCUUGCCACUGUCCCUGAAAGUCGUUCCGACUGAUUCAUUGCCACUGUCCCUGAAAGGUGUUCAUAUUGAAUUAUUGCCACUGUCCUUGAAAAGUGUUCAGACUGAUUCAUUGCCACUGUCCCUGAAAGGUGUUCAGAUUGAUUUAUUGUUACAGUUCCUGCAAGAUGAAGUUGAUUUGGCUAUAGCACCGAUGACAAUAACGUCACAACGAGAAAGGGUUGUGGAUUUUACCAAACCCUUUAUGAGUUUGGGCAUCAGUAUAAUGAUCAAGAAAACAAAGGAAAAGAAAGCAAGUGUUUUCUCGUUCAUGGACCCUCUCUCCUAUGAGAUAUGGAUGUGUAUUUUAUUUGCCUAUAUUGGUGUCAGCGUGGUUCUGUUCCUUGUCAGUCGAUUCAGUCCUACGGAAUGGCAUGUUGAUGAAGGAGCAAGUAUUACAAAUGACUUUACCAUAUCGAAUAGUCUCUGGUACUCUCUAGGAGCCUUCAUGCAGCAAGGGUGUGAUAUUUCACCGAGGUCAGUUUCUGGAAGGAUAGUGGGAAGCGUGUGGUGGUUUUUUACUCUGAUCAUCAUUUCUUCAUAUACUGCUAAUUUGGCAGCCUUCUUGACUGUGGAGCGGAUGUUGACACCAAUAGAGUCAGCGGAAGAUCUGGCAAAACAAACAGAGAUCCAGUAUGGUAUCCUUUCCUCCGGGAGCACCAAGAGCUUUUUCCAGCAAUCCAAAUUUCCUGUACAUGAACGAAUGUGGGCGUACAUGCAGUCUGCAAGUCCGAGCGUGUUUGUCAAAAACAACAAUGAAGGUAUCAGUAGAGUAAGAAAAGGAAACUACGCCUUUCUGAUUGAGUCCACUACAAACAAGUAUAAUAACAUGAGAAGUCCAUGCGACACGAUGCAAGUCGGACCCAACUUGGACUCUAAGGGUUACGGCAUCGCUACGCCAAUUGGAUCUGACCUCAGAGAUCCGUUGACGCUUGCCGUGUUAAAGUUACGAGAAGCUGGUAAAUUAGAAGAGAUGCAGAAAGAAUGGUGGGAUAGAAGAUCGGAGUGCCCCAAGACAGAAAAUAAUCAGGAUGGUGGCCAGGCAGAGCUUACGUUAGAAAACGUUGCUGGUAUAUUCUACAUUCUUGCAGCUGGUCUGAGUCUGUCAGUUAUCAUAGCAUUUUUUGAAUUCAUUUAUAAGUCAAAAAUAGACUCCAACCGUUCCAAGAAAUCAUUCAGGUCUGUUUUACGAUGUAAGGCGCGACUGUCUUUCCGUGGGUCUCUGGACAGGGACACUCCUGCACCGAGUACACCGCUCAGAAAAUCCAUGUCAACGUAUACAUACACCGGGCCUUCCCAUGUUGCUGGCGCCGACGGCUUUCCAGAUAAUCUUCAUACCCAAGUAUGACCAAAAUAAUACAAGUAUGACCCUAGUAAACCAAUACGAUCUAUAGAACACAAAUAGGAACAAAAUAACACAACAACGAUACAAGAAUAUUGUGGCUAUGAGCUGAUAUGUUUCAGUAUGACAAUAGGCAUCAGUUCUGUGAAGUUUAUACAUUAACUAACUCUUUGACUAGUGGUUCUUUUGAACAUGCUUGGGACAGAGAAAGUAAUUUGUCAGAACGCUGGCAAAACAUAUAUCAUACAUAUUUCCAACAAUAUAAAGGUACUGUAAAACUGGAAAUCAGUAACCUGAAGAAAUGUUGAUGUCAUAUCAAUCAUUAAUUUUGUACUAAAAGCAUUAUUCAAGUCAAAUAUUUAUUGAAUAAUUAAUUUCAGAAAAUGGUUCCGGCUACUUUAGUAAUUAUGACGUCAUUUACACACUUACAAAAUACCUUUUUGAAACGAUUUAUUUCAAAAGUUUCUUCAGUUUGAUAUUAGCAGCAUUACAAUGCAUUUAAUUGUAGUUGGAAAGAAUAGGAGAAAAGAUAUAUUUCAGAUCUAAGAAUAUACAGUUUAAGUAUACUCUAAAUCUAAGCAUAUGUUGAACCCGCCAUUUUGGUUUUCAUUGCCACGGAAACGAAAUGGCUUCCAUGUCGAUGAAAGUUUGAAAUAUUCAUAACUUUCUCUAACAUUAAACCGAUUUUGAAGAUUCAUUCAUUGCAAUUGGAUUGGAAGAAGACCUAGAAGGCAUUGGAACAUAGUUGCUUUUCUUUUUAAAUAUUUGAGGGGACUCUAACAGAACCGCUGAAUACGGAGAUAGUGCACAAUGUAAACAAUAACUUUCUCUUUAGUGAACAAACAUUAUUCAGUUCAUUUUGGUUGUAAGCACGUUUUAAAAUUCUGUUGUUACCGUCAUUGAUAUAUUUUAUUUUAAUUUGGAUAUUUUCGUAAGUGUGUCUCUAUUAGUCUAAUACUAAUGAAUAUAUAUUACUUUCAUGAUACAUGUAAAUAAUACAUAUCUUAAUAUACGAACGUCCCGUUUUAAAGGGACAUGCAUCCAGAUGAACAUAAGCAAUAAUAUUAACUAAAUAUCGAAAAUGAAACAUCGUUCAUGUAUAUUUUAAUGUGUAUCAUAUAAAAUACAGCUAAAUUCCCUCUGUUUUGCAUCAAAUUUCAGUAGCGUGAAUAAUGCGUUGAAAGUUUUCAACAUUAUCUCUUGAUUAAAAGAGCGUGUUCCUAAAUACACAGAGUGACUUUACAUUUUCUUUCUAUUGCAAUUACUAAUGAAAGAAUUUUAGAAAUAAAAUAUUAAUGUGGAGUAGUACAGCUUUAAGCAAUAUUUCAUUAUAAAGGCUGAAAAUUUUAUCAAAAAAAUAAUCUAGAUCUAGCUAGUAUACUAGUAGUACAGAAAAGUUGUGGAAUAAUGAUAUACGGCAGAUUUCCUUAUGUCUUCCAUGCAGGUCACAGUCUUUCCUUCAGUUGUAAAGCCUACAUAUUAUUACAUGUAUAGACAGGUUUAUCAGAUUAGUUGUUUGUAUGUUGUAGAUGCAAAAUCAACCUGUUAAAAUUGUAAUUUGUAUAAAGGUUAGAUCACGUGUAUUUUUAUAUGGGAUCAAGGCAUACAGAGAGAAGUUUUAUAUGAGCAAGGCAUAGAGUGAGAUGUCCUAUGUUGGUCAAAAAGAGCAGUGCAUAAGGAGGAACACAUACACGUGUCUGUUAGAAAUAUGUAAUUAUGUUGAUAAAAGAGCAGGCCAAAGGGGCAGUCAGCCUUCUAGUCUCUGCUGGAAAUUAUAAUAAUGUCGAUAAAAGAGCAGGCCAAAGGGGGAGUCAGCCUUCUCGCCUCUGCUGGAAAUUAUAAUAAUGUCGAUAAAAAGCAAGACAAAAGUAGGGACAUUUCUCAGUUUUGUUGAUAUAUGAGCAAAGCAUUUAAAGGGUCUACACAAAUAUAAAUAGUGCUGAUAUGUGAGUUAGGCAUUUAAAGGGUCUACACAAAUAUAAAUAGUGCUGAUAUGUGAGUUAGGCAUUUAAAGGGUCUACACAAAUAUAAAUAGUGCUGAUAUGUGAGUUAGGCAUAAGGAGGCACAGGACUAUGUUGUAUAUUUCUGAGCAAGGCACAAAGAGGACCUAUUCUUAAUUUCUGCUCAAAUGUGUAGUAGUGUUUAUAUGUAAGAAAGGCAUAAGGAUGGACACUUCUCAUCAGCUCUUCUGCAUAGUCAAUGUUUAUAUGUGAAUACAUGUUGAAUCUGUUUUGUAAAAAAAACUAUUUAUUAAAGAGAACAUUAUGGUUGUGACUACACUAUCGUGACUUUUAUCUUGCUAACUAUGUGAGUCGCUAUGUGCUGCGCUUUCCUUCGUUCUGAGCAUCAUCUAAGUUUGAAUCUCCAGCGAGACAGAACAAGACACAAGUCUGUAGUAAAUACAUCUUGGUUGUUCUUAGUUUUACCACGUAAUAUGCUGUACCAUAGAUUUUGACGGCGACAGCACGACGCAAAUCAAACUGCGCAACACUUCUAUUCAUAAUGAUACUAGUAUUUAAGAUAAUUUGUUCACACCAUGCAUUGUACUUUUAAGAUUAUUCAUUUUAAUGUUAUUUGAAAGGGAUCUGGUUGAAAAGUCUUAUUUUUUUCCGAUACAUAUUCGUAGUUUUUGUCGCAAUGUUUUUUUUUGUUUGUUUCAUCUUGCGGUAGAUUGAAACAUUGAACAUGGUCAUGUUAUUGUGUGUCUAUGCGUGACUAUGGUGUGUCUUGAUUUGUGUGUUUUUGUACCUUAAAUGAUACUAUCAAUUAAUUGCCAUUUCUGUUAUUGCCAAUACUAAUUAAUUAAUUACUCAAUUAAUACAGCGCACGUAUUGCUUCAGUGUUUUAUAUAUCUAAUGUGUAUAUAAUGUUUUAGUGUAAUAUGAUCACUUCGGUUUAAUAAACUUUGUUGAAAUACAA